UGCCUCUCCGAGCUACCGCUGCCACGAUUUCAGCUUACUCUUACUGCCAUAAUGGCGACUGCUGAGACGGCGGACCCAGCGGACACAGCCCCGACAGGGACAAGCAGCAUCCGAAAAAUGUCCCCAUCAGAGAUGCCUGGCUCUUCUAGCACAACUCAGAGUAUGAAGAAGACCAUUGGACACCGGGGCGUCGAGACCACCACAGGAGAGACCACCUAUAAAAAGACCACGUCAUCUGCCCUGAAAGGCGCAAUCCAACUGGGUAUUGCUCACACAGUUGGCAGUUUAAGUCAAAAGGCAGAGAGAGAUGUUCUCAUGCAGGACUUUGUGGUGGUCGAAAGCAUCUUUUUCCCCAGUGAAGGCAGUAACCUGACACCCGCUCAUCACUACAAUGACUUUCGCUUUAAGACCUACGCUCCUAUUGCCUUUCGUUACUUCAGAGAACUGUUUGGCAUUCGGCCAGAUGACUAUCUGUAUUCUCUGUGUAACGAGCCACUGAUCGAGCUGUCUAACCCCGGAGCCAGUGGGUCAAUCUUCUAUGUCUCUAGUGAUGACGAGUUCAUCAUCAAGACCGUUCAACACAAAGAGGCUGAGUUCCUCCAGAAACUCCUGCCUGGAUACUUCAUGAAUAUAAACCAAAACAAGCGCACCCUGCUGCCCAAGUUCUAUGGACUAUACUGCGUUCAGCGUGGGGGCAAGAACAUCCGCAUGGUAGUGAUGAACAAUCUUCUCCCCCGGAUAAUUCCUAUGCACCUCAAAUACGACAUGAAGGGCUCCACCUACAAGAGACGAGCCUCUCCUAAGGAGAGAGAAAAGGCUGUUCCCGCUUUCAAAGAUUUGGACUUUAUCCAGGACUUGCCUGACGGUCUGCUGCUGGAAUCGGACAAUUUCAAUGCUCUGUGCAAGACUAUACAGAGGGACUGCUUGUUAUUACAGAGUUUCAAGAUCAUGGAUUACAGUCUGCUGGUGGGCAUCCACAACAUGGACCAGGCCAGUCGAGAGCGAGAGCGCGGUGGAGGCUAUUCCGGGGACAGUUGUGGGUCGGAGGGAGCUGUGACUCCAGACCAGCGCCGGCCGCAAGCCCAGAAAAGUCUGUACUGUACAGCCAUGGAGUCCAUCCAGGGGGAGGCUCGAGGGAAGGGAGCUUUAGAUUCAGAAGACCACAUGGGUGGUAUUCCAGCUCGUAACAGUAAAGGAGAGAGGUUGCUGAUCUACAUCGGCAUCAUCGACAUUCUCCAGUCCUAUCGAUUCAUUAAGAGGUUGGAACACUCCUGGAAGGCGCUGGUCCAUGACGGGGACACAGUUUCAGUUCACAGGCCUGGCUUCUAUGCAGAGCGUUUCCAGCAGUUCAUGUGCAACACAGUGUUUAAGAAAAUUCCACUAAAACCAUCACCAUCUAAAAAGAGUCGUAGUGGAGGUCAGGGAGGUCUCAGGCGGGCCCCCACCCUGGGAGCUCCCAGCCCGCUCUCCAAUGCAACAGGGCAGGUAUCUCUCGACUCCAGAAUGAUGUACCACAGCCACUACAAAAGCACAGAGUCAGAAGCUGACAGUGGCGUGCAGUCGGGCAGAUCUGAUCUUGUUCUGAGGACCCCUCCGCUAGACAACCCUGCUGAUAGUGAGGCCAACCUCUCCACCUCAUCACUAGGCAGCACAGGAGUUGCCUCCACCUCUCCUCCGCUGCGUUCUGUUGGAGUGGAAGUGCACAAAUCCGCAAACACAGACCACGACCAUAAUCACAGUUUUGGCGAAGAUGGGGCUGCAGAUAAUUCUGGUAACCUCUCUGGAAAUGAAGAUGUAGUUUCACUAUCAGACAUCAUCCCCGAGACAAACAUCUGUUUUUAAAAAACCGACACAGUGCAAUCCAAGAAUGAGGAGUUUCUGGCCUGGUCCAAGUGGGUGGAAGUAAGGAUAAAGAGAACGAGCAUCCAAAGCAGAACCUUUGUUGCACUUGUGAUGUUUUCUCACCCAUAUGUACCGUAUAUACAGGGGUCAUUGGAUGAUGCUUCAAGGUGGAGGGGAGAUCACAGCGGUAUUUAAAGCAAUGAGAAGUAGUGUGCGGUAGGCCUGAGACUUUCCCAGCCAUCAACAAAGUGUGUACUGUGUACACUAUUUCCACACCUGCCCCAAAGCUCCAUUCUCUUUUCAUAACACCUCAGAAAAAAAAAAGAAUGAUCCUGAAUUGGAAGCUUAUAAAUAGCCUUGAAUUGCAACAUUAAUUGAUUAAACCAGGGUUCUCCUUCAUCUUUGCAACAUGUCUGCUGCAAGGUAAAAAUAAAAUGACCUGUAUAUAAUGAAAAAGCCCCUUGUCACAAGUGGAUGGUGAAGGCAGGCAAAUUCUCCAGAAGAGUCUGUUUGUGCUCAUUUUCACAGCAUGAAGAGAUGUGAGUGGGCACAGACAGCCUUUCAGCAGGAAUACACACACUUACAGAGCACAUGAAGGGCAUAGCCUGCAUUUGUAGGAGUGAAUAUUUUCCUGUGUUCAUGCACAGUCUAGAUGGGUUGACAUUUCUGCGGCUCAUGCUCUCGUGUUCCUAUUAACUCCUAACCCCUCGGCAUGCCAAGUGUUUAGGGGGGGAACUCUGAGCUAUCAUUGGUCAUUGUUCAAAUCAACACUUGCUGCUGUCAACUCUGCAAUCAAGUAUGCAUUUCUUUUUUGCUGUUUGUGGAUGUACAGUAUUUGUUUGAAGUCAGACUUUAGAAACGCUGAAGGGAUGGGUUGAACCAGACCUCUACGGUAAUAUAGUUUCACGGCUUGUGAUAAGAUUUUCUGCUGGAAGCCACGGUGGUGCUGCAAAGGUCCAACCAGAUCUUGCCGUUGCUGAAUGUACAUUACAUUUUUUUUCUUCUAAUUUCAUAGAACGUGUCUUAUUCAGAUCACAUUAUUACAACCCUGAAAUUCUCCCCCUCUGAUGUGACCAUAUGUGCUGAAGUAUAAAUGAACACGGAAAGAUGAGGUGCCGACAGCACUGCUGAACAGUAGAUGCUGUCAAAUGGUAUUAAGUUAAUAGAACAGUAGCAUCCAAUCUACUGUCUGUCAUCUGUCAUGUGUGCCUUUACUUGUUUGUCCCUCCCCUAACAUGAUGUAUAUCUGACAUUUUCAAAGGUUCGUGUCGUAGUUGUUCAGAGAAACCUGCCUUAUCACUACAGCUGACGUCAUCAAACUGCCAUUUGUGUGUCUGGACCAACUCAUCAGUUGUCAGGGUUUAAAAAGAAUUUCACAUUUUAAUGAAAACACUAGUACAAUCCCUUUUGGUUACAUUCAUGUUGAGUGUUCGGUCACUUCUGGCAUCAGACAGAACAGAUCUAUGUUUCAUUCAUUUCUGCUGGUUACAGAAAUGACACAUGGCCACAUCCACUCUUGGACCAAUAUUACUAAUCGUGUGUAAAACCAUUUUCUAUUUGUAUGUGGUCUUAUUCAACUUUAACUUGGUAGUUCAUAAUUAAGCUAAGCACAAAGUGUCUAUCUUAUUGUUUAGGGCACUAAACAAGCCCCAGAUGUUGCUGAAAACUUUCUACCCUCAGAAGAUAUUUCUGAUUCUUAGAUUUGAAUCGUAGCACAAUCUUAGACAUUAUCUCAUUUAAUGAAUUGCUCUUCAUGUCCGAUAAGCACAUGUGGUCUGUGCAGCAGAGAGGGAGGAAAUGUGAGUUAUGAAAAUACAAAGAAAGUUAAUGACUCAUUAAUGCACAGUUGAGGAUUCAGGACUGAGUCUUUUGUAUUAUAUGCCAGACAAGGCACCAAAGAAAAGAGUAGGGAGUUCCUGUGAAUGUUCAGGAUCCAGUACAGAUGACAUGAAGAAGAAAUAAGACACUCCUGAAGUGAUAUGUUUUAUAUGGUAAUAACACUGGGUAGACCUGUGUUUUGAAUCUAUAAUUAUACUGGAUGUGUAUUGUUUUUCUUUUUUCUUGCUUUGUUUAUCAAUGAUUUUAUGUCUAAGAAUCUGUGUCUGACAUAAACCUGGUAUUUUUACUUUGGCCUGAAACAUUUCAAGAGUUAACUCCACAUUCCUGUGAAAUCCUGUGAGAAGUUUAAUUUGCUGCAGUCGUGGUAGCUCUUAGAACCCAUUAUUUUACCCACCCUUUGUGUAGUCCGGCGAAUGUACUUUUGAUUACUUCUGAUAUUAUGUAAAAUGCUGAUUUCCUCAAAACAGAUCAGUCUAAAGUUGUACUUAGUCGGUUGAGAGUCAAACUGCCACCAAAGAAAAACACUCCCCUGAAAAAUCUUAUUUAAAAAAAAAUAAUCUGACUAUAUUUUUUGUGGGUGCUUGAGUUUUUUUUUUUUUUAAUGGGUGGUACUGUGUAAUUGCUGGAUGCAGACCACUUGUGUCGCAGUUGUUAUGUACUAAACCAGUGGCAAAAGAGAAACGUCAUCCUCCGGUGCUUAAAGGGCACUCAGCAUAGACACUACAAUACAUUUGAAGUAAUGCAAUAUGAACCACAAUCUGCCACCUCUCAGCUCUAACAAGUGUAUUUAUUAAUAUGAUUGCUGGUUGUAGUCUGAAAUGAGAAAGUUGUGUUAUGUAGACGAUUGUACGUAUACUGUAAACUGACAGAAGGAUGUCUGAAACUUUAUAGCGUGUGUUGCCUGUGAAGGGGGACAAUUUGACAAUUUGACUUUUUAUAUUUCAUGUUUAGAUUGUGAUAUGAUAUAUUCUCUCCAUGAUGAUUCUGGGUCGUUCAGCUCCCAUGCUUUUUCUACAUGAAUGUUUCACGUGGCUCACGAGCCAACGUUGCUGGUUGUCCUAUAUGCUUCAAUUACUAUAUUUCUACUGUGUAUAAAAUGUGUAUAUGUACAUAUAGGAGUCACGGAAAUGCCUUCUCAUGCAACAUGUGCUGCCUGUCCCCCCGCCCUGCCAUGUUUCAGUUAUGUGGUGGUGAUGUUUUCAUGUCUGAUUUUAAAAGAUUAAACAUAUUUUCUAAA